GGCAACACGGCGAUGACAGAAUGCCGGCGGCCGACUGUCCCGCGCUACAUAGUCGCUCACCAAACCGGUAGCGAGGCCCGGCCAGGCCGCCGUGGCGUGGCGUACAGUGGCGUGGCGUUCGCCUUUGGUGCAUUCAUCAACGCUCGAGCUCGGUGGGCAAGGAGCCGGCUGGCAACAGGCUUCAGGGACCACCUGGCGGCCCAUGGCGGCCCAUGGCGGUCGCACCGCCACUGUACAGCGGUACAGCCCGCGGCAAAUACCAGUGUAGUACCAGUACCUAGUGCCAGAGUCGCAGGGCGCGUCCAAACACGGCGAUGCUUGCUUACGUUACGUGGCAUUUGUGUACGUGACGCGUCACGCAGCGACUUUCGGGGUCUCGGGACAGCAGCAGCAGCAGCCCUGCGCUGCUUGCCCUUCCCCGCGUCGCGCGGCCGUUUUGCAGUGUGUCCGAGUCGCUCGAGUGCAUGGCCAAGUGCAGCAAGGAGGGAAUGCCAGGAGGGUCGCCAUGACCAAGGAGAAGGACGCCCUGGAGGAGGGCCUGGACCAUGCACUCAUCGCCGGCUACCUGGACGUCAAGCUGCCCGGCCGCAGCAGGCGGAGGAGGUUCGGGCCGUGGAAGUCGUGGCGGCGCCACUGGGUGCAGGCGCGGCUCAUGCCGGACGCGCUCCAGGACGUCCCCGCCGAGGCCGUGGAGCUGGUGCUGAGCCCGGCGCGCCUCGGCCUCGAGACGGCCGUGAUCCGAGUGCCGGCGGGCCCCGGAUCGCGCGCCUCGGUGUGCCGCACGGCGUCGCGGUCGCGGUGCCACGCCUUCGUCAUCGCCGCGCCCGCCGAGCAGGCCGAGCAGGCCGAGGUGUUCCUGGCCACUCGCUCGGACGCGGACACGGAGCGCUGGAUGGCCGUGCUGCGCGUCGCCAUCGCGGGCCGCCAGCCCAUGCCGACCAUGCCGACGUCGCCCCGCGGGCUGAGCGCCGCGAGCGCCGCCCUGUUGCGCGGCCGCCGCCUGAGCCGCAGCGAGGGUGACCUGCUGGCGGCGCCGCUGGGGGCACUGGCCCUGGGGCUCGGACUGCAGGGGCAUCCGGGACUUCCAGGACUUCCCCCCAGCUCCGAGGACCUGGACAGCCCCAGUCUGUGCACCGGCCUGCGAGUGCCGUCUCCGGCAGAGCUACGCGCCAGGGGGGCGUCCGCGGCCCCGGCCCCGGCCAAGACCAGCACACUGCCUCGGCCGCGGCCGUCGACCAGCCAAGCGGGCAGCGCGGCGAGCGGCAUGCAGGGCAGGCAGCCCUUCAGACUGCUGUACGGCCGCCGGAGGGCCGAGACCCUGAACGCGCAGACCUGCCCGGACAAGGACAGGCUGUCCACGUCGCCGUCGCAGUCCCACUCGGGGUCCGCGCUGUCGCUGCUCGGCGGCAAGAUCGCCUCGGGACUCAUCUCCGCGGGACUGGGCCUCAUCCUGUCCACCCCGGGAGGCAGCGAGGCUGAGGACAACGACGUGGACGAUGACGCGGACGACGGCGCGGGCGUGCUGCCCGCGGCGGACCUUCCGAGCGUCGCGGGCAUGGCGGGCAUCGCGGGGGCCGAGAGCUCCAGGGAGUCCUCCAGGGCGGCGCUGGACCGGCGGAGAGAGUCGGCCGUGUCCGUGGCCUCGGUGGCCUCCGGCAUCUACGAGGAGAUCUCAGAGUGCGGGACCGCGCUCGCCGCCGAGGCCGUGUACGAGAACGCGGCAGCGACCGCGCUGUUCCGGCGGGCGUCCAACGGCCUCGAGAACCACUACGAGGACCCCACCUUGCUGCGCACCCCGCGACCCGAGCGGGGCGCUGCGGACGCGGAGGGGGAGGGCCUCCCCGAUGACGGCGGGCUCGACGGACACGCCGCGCCCCCGCCACUGCCGCCGCGGCAGAACCUCACCCCUAUCAGCGAGCUGCUGACGAGGGCCAGGGCGCCGGACGGCGGCGUGGACGCCGACGGCUACGUGCAGAUGGGGCUCGUCAGGUCCAUGGUGAAGAACGCGGCGGCCAAGGCCAACCCGCCGUUCGAGUUCCUCUGCGCGGCCAAGUGCGCGCCCGGCCCCACCCUGGCCAUGGCCAGCGACACCGAGCCCAUCUACCUGCCCAUGUCCCCCAUCAGGCCGCCGGGCUUCGAGAAGAACAGGAGUGACUAAGCGACCAGACUACUUAUAAUUGAAUGACUCAAAAUAGUGCUAUUGUGUUACAUCGUCGCCUCUGAGAAGGCCUUUUCUCAUUUAGUUGUAAUUUAAGUAAUAAAAAUAAGAAAUUAUAGUUGUA